UUCCUCCUUUUGUUGGCCCCUAGUCUUGCGGCAUUUCUGCCAAUUGCUGCAGAAGGAAAUGCUCUUUUCGUAAAUGGAACUUCCGAAAGAUUCUACAUUAGAGGCAUUGAUUACCAGCCAGGAGGGUCAUCCAAGCUCAUUGAUCCGAUCGCAAAUGUUGACAAUUUGAAACGUGAUAUUCCAUACUUUGAGGACUUGGGAAUCAACACGAUCAGAGCCUAUUCUAUAGACAACACAGCUGAUCAUUCCGAGGGAAUGAAGUUGCUUCUGGAUGCCGGCAUCGGAUUGAUUUUGGAUACCAACAUCCCCUUGGCCCUGAUUGCCAGGGAUGAUGGUGCUGAAUGUUCUUACAAUACAAUGUACUUGAAUGAGGUGCUCGCGACAGUGAGAAUCAUGUCUGCUUACGAUAACUUGAUCGGAAUCUUUGCUGCGAACGAAGUCAUCAACGAUCUUGACACGACGCCCGCCGCAGCCUACGUCAAGGCUGUGAUUCGUGACAUCAAGACCUUUCAAAGAAAUACGGGCUUGCGUACUGUUCCAGUUGGUUACUCAGCAGCUGAUAUCGAAGAAAACAGAGUACAAUCUGCACAUUACUUCAACUGUGGAGACGACGAGAUGGCUCGCGCAGACUUUUACGGGUUCAAUGACUACUCUUGGUGCGGAGAUUCAUCCUUCACGAUCUCGGGUUAUGACAAGAAAGUGGAGACAUUCCUGAAUCAUUCCAUCCCCCUUUUUUUUUCUGAAUACGGCUGCAACAAAGUCACCCCAAGAAAAUUCACGGAGGUAGAAUCGAUUUACUCGACUGAUAUGACUCAUGUUUUCUCUGGUGGUCUUGUUUAUGAAUAUUCACAGGAAGCCAACGACUACGGUCUAGUUGAGCUUUCUUCAGAUAACAAGACUGUGACGACAAAGGAUGACUUUGAUAACUUGAAGCUGCAGUUUGCUUCAGUGCCUAACCCAUCCGGGGAUGGCGGCUACCAAAGUGACUUACCCCACAGCAACUGCCCUUCAAGAUCUAGUGUUUGGGAGGCAUCCAACACGAUCCCAGACACUCCAAAGGGUGCCUUAAAAUACAUCAAUGGCGUUGUCGAGCCAGAGGGAAACGGGUUUGAUGCUGAUACACAAUGGGCUUGCAUUGCCGCAGGAAAUGACGUAGAUGACUCCGACUCUGCUAGUUCAGGUUCUAGCUCAGGGUCUUCUUCUACAAGAUCGGGUUCUAGCUCAGGGUCUUCUUCUACAAGAUCGGGUUCUAGUACAGGAAGUUCGAGUUCGAACACCGCUUCUUCU